AUGGCAGCUGGCUUAGGAUCGCCUGAUAAUGAAGGCAAUAUGGCGUUCGAGCACACUGAGAACGAUGCUGUCGGCGGAGCAUGGGGGAAACGCAGGAGCAGAGACAUGCUUGCGGGGCGCGACAGCUGGAUCUCUGUGCUCGACAGUGCCUCGACCCUGGGCACUUUCGCUAUUGAUGUGCUGGCCGCAUCCGAGAUGCAGCCACCCAAGAAGACUCCUCAAGCUUCGGAGUUCCCGCCACCUCCUCCACGGCCACCUGUCGUGCCGGCUCAUCAGCCAUGCAACGAGGAAGUCACCAGGGCAGAUACAAUCCCAGCACGUCCAACGAAAGCUCCAGCCCGCAACGAGAGCGUAGCUUUGCCAGCUUCUGACCCCGAGCGUCGCCAAAAAAAUCGCUCACAGGGGCAGAUUACGGCCGCGGGCUCGGGUGGUCGAAUGACUCUCGAGCAAACACAACGCCCAGGUCUCAGUCCCGGAUUGCCAAUUUCUUUCCAAAGCAAACAUCGACAUGAUCCGCUACUCAGCGCUUAUUUGGAAGGCACGAUGGCGGAGUCUCGUCCACGUCCGGCUCAAGCAGAUGGUCCGGCCGAAGAGGUCGACAAGUCAAGAAGGAGGGGUGUCGACGGGUGGAGACAGCCACCUCGCAUGGUUCCAAGUCCUGUACUUCACAUAGAGAUGAUGAAGGACGUACCGUGGCCGCGCGUAACAAGUCCGCCUUCUCAGACAAGGCCCACAUCGAACGCCCCAGCUCAUUCACGGACGCAGUCUGCGCAGACUACGACUACCACCUCGUCUCACUUCAGCCGCGGCUCAAGCGUCACGUUUCCGUCCACUGCUCCCUCGUCUCAGGAAAGCUGCAUUAAUGUCGCUGGCUUUGCGGCCGCGAAAGUCCAAAGAGGUGCUGCCGGGAGUCGAAGGGGCUUCGGCACGGUCAUCGGCUCGAUAUCAGAUGCUUCCUUGAAGAACGAGCAUUCUGGCGGCGUCCAGAAGCGGGAAAAGGAGCAGCAUGAUGGCAGCAGACACAUACACGCACAAUCGGGGUCUCGAAGCAUCGUGGUGACUGUCGAGCAGUCGUACUCCUAUCACAUCCUGGAGCCCGUCAGUACGUGCGAGGCGAUCAUGCUUCCACGACCUCGUCUGCGAUCUCGCAGCAUGGGAGCGAAGUCGGGAGCUGCAAUCACCACAAUUCACGCAGCCCCCGAGCGGGUCUGGCAUCGAGAUCGACGCCCUGGUGCGGGUCAAGCAGCUAUUCUGACAACUCGAGCUACGCCGAUCGGAACCUCAGGCAAAGUGGUACACUUUUCGCGAUCGAAAAGCGAUGCUCCGCCACCGUCGAAGCCAGAAAGCGACCCUUGUCUUCAGCUGCAUGCUAGCAUGUCACCGCCAGUACCUCCUAAGGAUCCGCUUUGCUUGUCAGCGCACAUGGCUACGAAGCCUUUGCCACCGAUACCGACUCCAUAUCCUUGGAAAGUAACGUUCUCGGUAGACAGGGAAAGAGCGGAGUCGGUGGAGCUCUUGGAGGCCGUUGAAAUUCUCGAGCUCAAUCGACAGCUAGAUGCAGAACGACAGGCUUGGCGCCACCAGCACAGCUCUAGCAUACGUUCGCACGGGUCUCCGUUCUUCGACCGCCUGAACCCGUGCCUGCUAGAUCCUUCUGAAGCGGGCGUCGCCACGACGCUCACCAAUCGGCGCGUCAGGAAGGCAAAAUCGGAUCUUCGACACCCGGUCGAGGGUUUAGUCAAGGUGGAACGCCUGUGGAUUCCGGAUGGUCGUGACCAGACCUUUAUGGAGGCCCCGCCUCAGCAGUCCAACAUAUAUACGAGUCGCAGGAUGUCGGCCAGCAGCCCUGCCCUCGUCCAAGGGCGGGAGGAGCCUCGAAUGCAGCGUCACAGUCUGCUUCGUCAUCUUGCGACGGGUCUGUCAACCAUGGUCAAGCGCGGGGAUAGCCAGCAGCGGAGGAACAAGGUGUCCGACACAAAGUUCACCUUCCCCAAGCACAGCGACGGUGGACAAGGACUCGAUGCAGCAUCGACAUCGCAGCUCGUAGGAUCGAAGGCAUUCGGAAAUGGGCGAAGAAUCGUUGCUGAAGAGCCCAUCGUCAUUGGCCGGGGCUGCGUGCCAGUGCAUGCUGAGGCUGCGAGGACGGAGAACGGCGCGAAAGCAAAGGAGAACGGCGCGAAAGCAAAGGCGCGUGCGAGCCUGACGACACAAGUAUCGAGCCUCGGUCAUGAAACAGAUGUCGAAAGUAGCCAAGCCGCCAAGCCGCGAGCGCGCAACGCGGUUCCACGCUCUGCGCGCGAUGUGUGGUUUGAUGCAAGCCAGAACAUCAACGUGCCGCCUCAGCCCACCUUGUGCACUUCUUCCGCAAUUGACGCUCCGGACAGCGGCCAUGCCGAGUAUAGCGCGUCGCAGGAAGAGCGCGACCAGCUCGAGCUCGACCGCGCGAUUGCAUUGUUCGAAGCUGAAGACAGAGCCACAGAACUCGAUGCGCCUGCCACUUCCAAAACGAGCUGCAGGACGUCUGAGUGCUCCUGUCAAAUGUGCCGAAGGUCUGCAAGCAGAACAGCGCGGCAUGCGAGUCAGAGCGGUACUGCCACAGCAAACUGGCUGGAUGAACCGGUCCUGCUUCUAGCGCCGGCCGACCAGACACUCUCCAGCUCCUACGAGGAGAUCAAAGGCGAUGCGACGCGGAAGUGCGGACCGUCCGAGCACAAGCUUCAGCGGACCGAUACGGACAAUUCGAACCUUUCGGGCGACGCGCAUGGAGACUUUCGGAUUUGGGAGGCCAACACGGUGGACGUUGAUAGUCUUUUCUUUCGGCCGCCCCCGAAGAGGACGCCGACGGACUAG